AUCAGCUUAUAAUUACGCUACUUUUCUGAUUCGAUAUCGUCAAUGAUGAUGCAGUAGCCACCAGAUUUUGGCCUCCCAUCUCGUGGCUAAAAGUGGAACAGGUGUGGUCACAAUUCAGUCAACAUCCAAGAACAAUACGGCUUCGGUACAGGAUUAUUGCACUCCUUCUUGCAACGAUGCUGCAUGUGAUCGAUAUUACGAUUGGUUCUGUCGGGGACAAGAUCGUAACGUUUUCCGGGGGACUUGCGACUGUUCCACCCUUUACUGUUAUUGCUACUGCAGUGAAUAAUAAAUAUACUAGCUUUUUGGCUCGCGCUUUGCAGCGUGAGAAACUAAUUAUAUUUAAAAUUUCAUCCACAUAUUUAAUGAUGUAGUAAUUCAUAAAAUUUGAGUAAGAUAUCAAUAUAUGCUCAACAUAGUAUCUAAAUCAUUACUAAUGAAUUAUGCCAUAAGUUUGCUCAAGUGAUACAUAAGAAAUAUCUAUUAUAUUACUCCAUAAGUUUAAGGUAAUAUAUUGUAAUUUAUGUAACUGUUAAUGAAGGGUGUUAUGUAAAUAUUCCAUAAUGUGUGGUCUAAUAAUAAAAUUAAGUUAUGAAAAAUAUCACAUUUGAUUGAAUUGUCAUGUAAAAAUGAACUAACAUUGUGAAAUAUUUUCAUAACGUAUCUGUUAAUAAACUUUGUUAUGUAGAUCUUUCAUAAAUAUGGUCUAAUAAUAAAAUUAAUUUAUGUAAAAUAUCACAUUUGAUUAAACUAUCAUUUAAAAGUUAACUAACAUUAUGAAACCUUUUCGUAAUGUAACCAUUAACAAAUAUUUUUAUGUAAUCUUUCAUAAUGUGUGGUCUAAUAAUAAAAUACAGUUAUGGAAAAUAUCAUAUUUGAAUAUCAUUCUAAUAUGAGGAAUUGAGUAUAGGAGAUAAAAUGUUAUGUAAAAAAUAAUUGAUUUUGAAAAAUCAUUGUAUAAUGCAAAUAAGGAAGAGCUUACGAUGAAAUUGGGCAUAUGGAAUUGAAACUAUGUGAAAUGUACCCCAUUGGGAAUCUAUUACUUACAUUGCUCCUAUUUAAACUGUCACGUAGAAGUUAACUAACAUUAUGGAACCUUUUCGUAAUAUAAAUUGACGACAUGGUGAAUAUUUUAUUUAAAAAUGAAAUAUUGUUAGUCAAUAAUCAAGAAAAUAAAUUGUGAAAAAUGUGAGAUUGAUGAAACUGUUAUAGGAAAAUAACCUUUGUGUAAUCCAAUUUGAUGUGAUAGUCAACAGUUUAGUUAAUAAUAAAUAAUUUUUCAUUCAAACUUAUAGUAGGAAGUACCUAUCGUAAUGAGUUUAUUUAAUUAAUACAUAAUAAAUAACUAUCCUUUUAUAGCUACUAUGCAAGUCCUAAUCAUUAUGGAUGACUUAUCUUUUUCUCUUCCGACAAUAGAUGACUUAUGGAUGACUUAUCUAUUGUGUAAUUGAUAGAUAAGAAAUAACUAUAGAUGACUUAUGGAUGACUUAUCUUUCUUUUUUGUUUCGACAAUAGAUGACUUAUGGAUGACUACAUUUCUUUUAGUCACAAAAUAAAUAAAAAAUGGGUAGUUUUCGACGAUUUGCUCCACCAGGUGGCCGCGUGAUUAUGAUACCUCGACCUGCAUCUAGCGACAGUAGUAAUGGUAAUUUAACUACCCAAUUUGAGCUUGGUGAGGACACCGCGCUGACGGAGGCGAAGACGGCGACAGUGAAUAGCACCAGCGGUCAGACAAGCGCGGCGACGGAGAGCAGCAACCAUGGCCGGCGAAUGGAUCUGCGAAAGUCCGGCACGGUGGCAACGGCGGACCGUUUCAAGGAUCAGUCGCGCACGGCGGAUAUGGAGCGCCGCUAGGAUCAUACGCACACGGUGGAGGAAGAAGAUAGGCAUCUCCACGGCGCUUUCGAAUUAAUUGGAGUUAUGUUACAUCAAUUUGAGCUUGCUCGCUCUAUGCAAUUACGCCCUUAUAAUGCAAUCGCAUUCUCCGGCCCAAUUGCUGUUUUUGUUUUUGUAUUUCUAAUUUAUCCACUAGGUCAGUUUGGUUGGUUUUUUGCACCCAGUUUUGGUGUAGCAGCUAUAUUUCGAUUCAUCCUCUUUUUUCCAAGGGUUUCAUAAUUGGACACUGUAUCCGUUUCAUAUUAUGGGAGUUGCCGGUGUAUUGGGCGCGGCUCUGUUAUGCGCUAUUCAUGGUGCUAUUGUAGAAAAUACUUUAUUUGAAGAUGGUGAUGGUGCAAAUACAUUCCGUGCGUUUAACCCAACCAAAGCCGAAGAAACGUAUUCAAUGGUCACCGCCAACCGCUUUUGGUCCCAAAUCUUUGGGUUUGCUUUUUCCAAUAAACGUUGGUUAUAUUUCUUUAUGUUAUUUGUACCAGUAACCGGUUUAUGGAUGAGUGCUCUUGGAGUAGUCGGUCUGGCUCUGAACCUACACGCCUAUGACUUUGUUUCUCAGGAAAUACGUGCAGCAGAAGAUCCUGAAUUUGAGACUUUCUACACCAAAAAUAUUCUCUUAAAGGUAUUCGUGCUUGGAUGGCGGCUCAAGAUCAGCCUCAUGAAAACCUUAUAUUCCCUGAGGAGGUUCUACCCCGUGGAAACGCUCUUUAAUGGAACUUUAGUUUUAGCUGGUCGUGACCAAGAAACCACCGGUUUCGCUUGGUGGGCCGGGAAUGCCCGACUUAUCAAUUUAUCCGGUAAACUGCUGGGAGCUCAUGUAGCUCAUGUUGGAUUGAUCGUAUUCUGGGCUGGAGCAAUGAACCUAUUUGAAGUGGCUCAUUUCGUACCGGAGAAGCCAAUAUAUGAACAAGGAUUAAUUUUACUUCCCCACCUAGCUACUCUAGGUCGGGGGUAGGACCCGGCGGAGAAGUUAUAGACACCUUUCCAUACUUUGUCUCUGGCGUACUUCACUUAAUUUCCUCUGCAAUAUUGGGGUUUGGUGGUAUUUGUCAUGCACUUCUGGGACCCGAAACUCUUGAAGAAUCUUUUUCUUUUUUUGGUUAUGUAUGGAAAGAUAGAAAUAAAAUGACAACAAUUUUAGGUAUUCAUUUAAUUUUGCUAGGUAUAGGCGUUUUUCUUCUAGUAUUCAAGGCUCUUUUUUUUUGGGGCGUAUAUGAUACCUGGGCUCCUGGGGGGAUGUAAGAAAAAUUACCAACUUGACCCUUAGCCGGGACAAGUGACGGUGAUUACUAUUUUAUAGUAAUCACCGUGGUUACUAAGGGCAAACUGGGUAUGACAAAAAAAUUAUUAAUUAUAUUUUUUAACAAAUAACAUUUUAUAAA